CAAACCCCUUUACAGAAUACAGAUCGUUAGUUGGUACUAUGAACUAUUCUCAGAAUCUUCAUUCUUUAAGUCUAUAUUCCGGUAUAUUAGAUGCUUUUCUAGAACCUUCUACCACCGUUUCAACUCUGCCUUGGCUUGAUAACUCCUUAAUAAAUGCAGUCAACUGGCUUAAAGAAAAUAACCCCUAUUUAUAUGAAUACACUAAUUUGCUUCAAACCAAUUCAUCUACCCAACCACCUUUACCAACAGCAACUCAUUUAUCUG